CAAAGCCGAAGCCAUAAUGGGUUCUUCAACAGAAGAAAGGCAGUACAGCCAUGGCAGUACCGGUGAAGAAGAAGAAGUACAAGAGGCAGAGCACUACUGCAAUGCCAUGCAGUUGGUGGCCUCCUCUCUGUUACCUAUGGUUAUGCAAACGGCCAUUGAGCUUGGCCUUUUUCAUAUCAUUGCCAAAGCUGGUCAGGCCUCUGCCUCAGAAAUAGCAUCCCAGCUGCGUGCAAACAACCCGGCCGCACCCAUCAUGUUGGACCGCAUCCUCUACUUUCUCACCUCUCACUCUGUCCUCACUUGCUCUGCGCUUGAUGCUGAUGGUGGGCGGCUCAAGAGGGUGUAUGGAAUCACACCUGUCUCCAAAUAUUUUGUCCCUGACCAAGAUGGCAUUUCAUUGAGCCCAUUGCUGACAUUGACUCAGGACAAGGUCUUCAUGGAUAGCUGGGCCCAUGGAGUAAACGCAUUUGAGUAUCCUGGCAAGAACCCCAGAUUCAAUCAGGCCUUCAACACGGCCAUGCUCAACCACACAAUUAUGAUUACUAAUAAAAUCGUUGAAUCCUACAAGGGUUUUGGGAAUCUUAAGCAGGUGGUGGAUGUUGGUGGCGGUCUGGGAACCACACUUGGUAUAAUCACAUCAAAAUACCCCAGCAUCAAGGCAAUUAAUUUUGACUUGCCUCACGUUAUACAGCAUGCUUUGCCUUAUCCUGGGGUGGAACACCUUGGAGGAGAUAUGUUUGAAAGUGUUCCCAAUGGAGAAGCCAUGUUUCUGAAGUGGAUACUUCAUGACUGGAGUGAUGAACACUGCUUGAAGUUGUUGAAGAACUGCUACAAAGCUCUGCCAGAGCAUGGCAAGGCAAUUGUGGUGGAGGGGUUUCUCCCAGAAAUACCGGAGGGGAGUGCUUCUGUGCAAGCUCUCUGUGAAGGAGAUUUGAUUAUGAUGACUCAAAACCCUGGAGGAAGGGAGCGGACAAAGCAGGAGUUCCUGGACCUGGCAAUGGCAGCUGGAUUUGCUGGCAUCAGAUUUGAGUGCCUUGUGUAUAAUUACUGGAUCAUGGAAUUCUUCAAGUAAACAGUACUUAUAGUCAGACUCUUAUCUAUUCACGUUUGUGAGUGAAAAGUUGUGUUUGGAAGGUGAGAAACCAAAAUAAUUAUAUUUGAUCAAUGAACAUCUGCUGGUAUGUGAAUCAUGUGAUUCACGUCUUCAUUUGAUUCCAUUGUUGUAAACUUCAUUUAUCAUCAUCAAAUUACUUAUACAUUUCAGCAAA